UCCAUCCGGACCCCGCCCCCGGUACAGCCCCCCGCCCUCGCUGCCUGUGUCCCGCCCCCUCCCCCCCUGGCUCUCGCCACCGGUCCAGGGAGGGGACGGCGGGACAGGCGGGACCGGCGGGAGGGCGGACCGGGCGGGGAUAUGGCCGCGGCGCCCGGUGGGUCUGCGCCGCCCGCCGGCCCCGGCCCGCGCCUGGGUUUCAGCACCGCGGACAGCGGCGUCGGCAUGAGCGGGCUAAACCCGGGUCCUGCCGUGCCCAUGAAGGACCACGACGCCAUCAAGCUCUUCGUGGGGCAGAUCCCGAGGGGCUUGGACGAGCAGGACCUCAAGCCGCUGUUCGAGGAGUUCGGCCGCAUCUACGAGCUGACGGUGCUGAAGGACCGGCUCACCGGCCUCCACAAAGGCUGUGCCUUCCUCACCUACUGCGCCCGGGACUCUGCUCUCAAGGCCCAGAGUGCACUGCACGAGCAGAAGACCCUGCCAGGGAUGAAUCGUCCCAUCCAAGUGAAGCCGGCUGCCAGUGAGGGCCGAGGAGAGGACCGAAAACUGUUUGUGGGUAUGCUGGGCAAGCAGCAGGGUGAGGAGGACGUCAGACGCCUGUUCCAGCCCUUUGGCCACAUCGAGGAGUGCACCGUCUUGCGGAGCCCUGAUGGCACCAGUAAAGGCUGUGCCUUUGUGAAGUUCGGGAGUCAAGGGGAAGCUCAGGCGGCCAUCCAGAGUCUGCACGGCAGCCGGACCAUGGCGGGCGCCUCGUCCAGCCUCGUGGUCAAGCUGGCGGACACGGACCGCGAGCGCGCGCUGCGGCGGAUGCAGCAGAUGGCGGGCCAGCUGAGUGCCUUGCAGCCGGCGCCGCUGCCGCUGGGGGCCUGCGGAGCCUACACCACAGCUAUCCUGCAGCACCAGGCGGCCCUACUGGCGGCGGCGCAGGGCCCAGGCCUCGGCCCGGUGGCCGCAGUGGCGGCACAGAUGCAGCACGUGGCGGCCUUCAGCCUGGUAGCCGCGCCGCUCUUGCCGGCUGCAGGUACUGCGCGCAGGGGGCGGGGCCCGCGGCGGGGGCGGGGCGAGGCGGGGCUGCGGCCUGACUCUUCCACUUCCUCGCCACCUGCAGCCAAUUCCCCGCAGGGCGGCGGUCCCAGCACGCUUCCGGGUCUCCCGGCGCCCAUCGGGGUCAAUGGAUUCGGCCCCCUGACCCCCCAGACCAACGGGCAACCUGGCUCGGACAGUCUCUACAAUAACGGGCUCUCUCCUUACCCAGCCCAGAGUCCCGGCGUGGCUGACCCCCUGCAGCAGGCCUACGCUGGGAUGCACCACUACGCAGCAGCCUAUCCGUCGGCCUAUGCCCCAGUGAGCACAACUUUUCCCCAGCAGCCUUCAGGCCUGCCCCAGCAGCAAAGAGAAGGCCCCGAAGGCUGUAACCUCUUCAUCUAUCACCUGCCUCAGGAGUUUGGUGAUGCAGAACUCAUCCAGACAUUCCUGCCCUUUGGAGCCGUUGUCUCUGCCAAAGUCUUUGUGGAUCGAGCCACCAACCAGAGCAAGUGUUUCGGGUUUGUUAGCUUUGACAAUCCAACCAGUGCCCAGACAGCUAUUCAGGCCAUGAAUGGCUUUCAGAUUGGCAUGAAGAGGCUCAAGGUCCAGCUAAAGAGGCCCAAGGAUGCCAACCGGCCUUACUGAUCUACUCUCACUGACCAGCCACAGAAAGAGUGAGAAGAAAGGAAAAGAAAAGCACAGAAAUGCUUGAGCAGCCCUUCCUGAAGGAGCAGCCACAGAUGGAGGUGGACCCAAGGCCAGUGCCUGGGCUCAGGCCACUUUCAGGAUUGUUUUCACCAAGUGGGUUGUUCUGUGCCUGUGAUGUAGAGCUCAGGCUGGCAAGGCCGCUGGGGCUGGCUGAGGAGUGACUGUCUAGGGGAACCAGCAGAGGGCCUUGGGGGGUGCCAAGGGCUUCUCCACAAGGGAAGCCUAGAUUUACUUCUUUCAAAAUCAUAUCAUUCCUUAGAGUUUAGGGACCAAAGGACUAUUGCUUUUUAAAGAAUUAUAUAUAUAUAUAUAUAUA